AUGUCAGAGGAAGAAGACACUGGAGCAAGGGACAUGUUCCUCUUUGUUUUUCAGUUUGCAGAGGACAUGGAGCUCUUUUUGAAAGCAUGUGCUGAUGAGCAGGGACUAAGGGCCAGUGCUAUGUUUGGCAUAUUCCCGUCACACAUUGCAAAAGGAUCGAGUGUCACACGAUCUGCUGCUUUGUUCUGGUUACAGAAAGUGAACCGACGCCUUCAUCUCUCCAAGAGCAAGAAUACCAAGUUCAAUGAGUCAGGCCAGCUGUGCGUGUUUCACUUGGUGUCGAGUGUGUGGAGUUUCUACAUCCUCAUUACAGAAGGAUAUCUCCUUCAUCCCAGUAGCCUUUGGGAGAACUACCCUCAUACACAUCUCAGGUUUCAGGUGAAGCUUUUCUACCUCACUCAGCUGGCUUACUGGCUCCACGCUUUGCCGGAGCUUUACUUCCAGAAAGUUCGCAAGGAGGAGAUUCCUCGUCAGCUCCAGUACAUCAGCCUUUAUCUGCUGCACAUCUCUGCAGCGUAUUUGCUAAAUUUGAGCCGUGUGGGUCUGGUGCUCGUCUUCCUCCAGUAUGUGUCGGAGCUGGGCUUUCACAUCGCCAGACUCUUGUAUUUUACCGAUGAGAGCCAUCAGAAAAUGUUCGAUCUGUGGGCGGUGAGCUUCGUUUUUACGAGGAUGGCCACGCUGACCUUGAUGUUCCUCGCUGUGGGCUUUGGUUUGGCUCGUGCUGAGAAUCAGGGCUUGGACCUGGAGAUGGGCAACUUCAACACCGUUCUGAUAAGGUGA